AUGACACCCGUUACAUCCGAGCUGUCUACGCUCAAGGCUCUGACGUUUCGCAUAUCAUCUACGCCUACCUUACAGCUCCCCCAACACGUGCCAGCUAUAGCCGCAUCUUUGGCCAAUUGCAGAGCACUUCUUUCCUCGACUCAGGCUUCGGGUGUCAAAGCAUCCUCUUCAGAGGCUUCCGUUGCUGUUCACAAGUUUCGGACCCUGAUCUCAACCCUACUCCAUGACCGCACAGUCCAAGGAAGAUGGUCUGCCAUCGUCCUCGUCAAAGCUGCCAUCGAGGUGGGAGGUUGGGAGACGUUGCAAAAGUCUCUCCCAUGGGUUCGCGGACUACUUGGAUUCCUCAAUAAGCCGGAUCCACCAUCUUCGAAAAAGCUAUGCAUCAUCACGUUGACUCGCAUCUUUCUCCUCACGCGAGAGUACCCAACUCUGAUUCGUGAAAUCACCACGCCUUCACUACCUGCAUUCAUCCAGGCUACUCUGCAAAUGGCCAAUUCCACGACGUCUUCAAUCUUAUUGCAAACGAUCCUCGAAAGCUUCAACGAACUUCUGCCACGGCACCCUACCAUCUUCCGAUCGUACCUCAAGCAGAUCCAACCACUCUUAGCACAACUCAUUGCACCGACACCCUCAAGUAAGAUCAGCAAGGAGCAGGCCCCUGGACUGAGAACUGGAAUGACCUCCGAUAUCGUGUCAGCUGCGCGCCAGAUCUAUGUCCAAAUCCCCUCGUGCGCACCCAAAGGUGGCUCCAGCGAAGAGUGGAGCAAGUCUGUCAAAAGCACGGUCAACCAUGUGCACAAGACGGCAGACAAAGUCUUCCGCGCCGUACUCGAAGACUGGCAGUCUACCGCACGAGAAGCGCCCGCUACGAAUGGCCAUACUUUGGACGACGAGCUUCAAGAUCUUGAUUCCAACAGCGCCAAUUUACCACCAUGGUCCGGUAUAUACGCAGGAACUGAACGACUGACAGGCCUUUUGCAUGUCUUGAAACAGUAUCUCGAGAGCCCCACGGCGAGUACGGUAUAUUUCAAUGUCGGCAUGAUCAUGGAUCUAAUUACGAGGAUGCUAUCACUGACGGUACCCACUGUGGGAGGGAAAGCGUUUCAGAACGCAGUGAGACUGAAUAGCCAAGUCAGCAAAGAAGAGCGUGAAAAUUUGUGGCUCCUACUGCCGGACGUACACGUUGCGUCUAUCGAUUUAUUAUUGGUGCUUGCACAAAGAUCUCAAACAAGUACACUGGCACUCGACUCAGCUGUCAUCGAUCAGGUAGUCUGGCUAUUCUCAUCUGAGAAAGACAACGGGAAUAUCAGGACUGCUUGUUAUUCGGCCAUUGCGGCUUUACUGGAACGGUCCGGAGUGGCUCUGCACAAAGCGACAAUUGACUCGCUCGUUCCAAUCGUACGUUCUUGCUGUGACGAUCUUCUGCCUUCUGAGCCUGUUGAUGGCUCAGCAAAACAGACCCCUGGACAAGCCAAAGCGAGCGGCAAUAGUCAACCGCAGACUACAUCGAACGCUGACACGUUUCUCGGUUCUUCCAAGACAAUGGUAGAUGCCCAUAUUGGCUUCUGCGGUCUGAAGGAGGCAGCAUAUGGUCUCCUGCCAGUGCUACUUACCAACAUCCCUGCCCAGUUCUUCUCAGACUCACUGCGAGCACGACUUGACCGAACCGCUAUCUUAACCCAACACAAGGACGCUAUGGUAGCUAGCGUACUAAAUCCACCUCCAAGCAAAAAGUUUGGAAAGCCAGCUGCCAGUGUUCUACCGCUCAUGGCUCGCUCGUUUCCCGAUGACAAAAGCGUUGAGGGCAUGUUGCGGCCAAGAAUGCCAGUGAUACGUCUGUGUGGCGAGGAACUCGAGGUGGAAGAGACUACUGACGAGGAUAUGGACGAGGACAAGAAAGAGGAGCAAGAGCUAAGUCGCGAGAUAGAGGAGGAAUUUGCAGCCACACAAAGCUUGGAAGCGCCAGACGAGUCGUUCGUUGGUCAUGAAUUGGGCCAUUUAUUGGAAUCUGCUGAACGGACAAAGCAAAUGCCGGACGAUGCCACAAUGCCCAGCACAUCCCAAUCCAAACCUGACUCUGUCCUAGCAGAAGGAAACAAUGGCUGGAAUACCAUUGCGCAUGAAUUUAUUGUUGUGCCAUCGACCAUCAGCGAUACUGCAAAACGAUACUUGAACGAUCAACCAACAUCGUUGCCUUCGAAACGAGUAAAGACAGUCGAACGCGGGUCGGCUCCAAGUACGAAAUCCUCCUCAGGCACAGCCCAGUCAGGCGAACCAGAUUCUGGCUCGUUUGUACCAGCUACUUCCGACUUCACUGCGACCAGCACAGCUUCUGCUGUACCUGAACUCCCAAAGCCUGUUGACGGUGAUAGCGAUAACGAUGAGAUUAUACCCCUUGUAUUUGGACAAGACACUGAUGACGAGUCGGAGUAG